UCUCUCUCUCUCUCUCUCUCUCUCUCUCUCUCUCUCUCUCUCUCUCUCUCUCUCUCUCUCUCUCUCUCUCUCUCUCUUUCUCUCUGACCUAAUUGUCUCUCUGAUCAACACCCUCCUCCCUCACCACCAAAUUCCUCACCAUCUAAAUCCUGUAGAAGAUCCCUCUAAAUCUAGUGGGACUUGUUCUUUCUUUCUUCUUUUCUUCUUCUUGUUCCACCACCACCACCACCACCACCACCAACUAGAUCCAUCUAUUAUUAGCUAUCUUUGUGCCACAGUGGUAGAUAGGGCUCAUAAUUAGUUAACAUCAACAACAACAACAGCAAGAUAUACAUAGGGAAAGUUUUGUUGCUGACUGAGAGAUCCAGAGACAGCAAGAUAUAUUGUACAAGGAGCUGCUAGCUAGAGGUCGAUCCCAUAUUUGUCCUUGAAGAUUAAGAUGACUCCAGCUAAUUUGGCAGGGCAGUUUGGUGAUACCACAUACACCAAGGUGUUUGUUGGAGGAUUGGCUUGGGAAACCCAGAAGGAAACCAUGAAGAAAUACUUUGAACAGUUCGGUGAGAUCUUGGAGGCUGUUGUCAUCACUGACAAGGCCACCGGCAGAUCAAAAGGCUACGGAUUUGUAACUUUUCGCGAAUCCGAAGCUGCCAUGAGAGCUUGUGUGGAUGCUGCUCCUGUGAUUGAUGGGAGGAGGGCCAACUGCAAUCUUGCUUCUCUGGGAGUUCAGAGAUCCAAGCCUUCAACUCCAAAGCAUGGUGGUGGAGGAGCAGGCAGGAACUUUAGGGUAAUGGGGUCUUUCCAAACAGGGUUCGGAGGUGGAGUCGGAUCAGCUUUUCCUUCUGCAGCAGCAACCUUCCCUCAUUAUGCCAUCCAACAAGGGAUACCUUACAAUCUUUAUGGGUACUCUCCAUACUCACCAGACUACACUUACCCUACGAACUACUAUGGUUUGUAUGGAGGGGCAACCGGGCAGUAUCCUAUGUACGGGACAAGCCCUGCAGGCGGAAUGGUGACGGGAGCUGCCGCGGCUGCAGCUGCGUUUUACCCGUAUCUGCAAUACGGAUCAGAAGGGAAUGGAGGAGCUGCAGCAGCUUAUAGUACUACUUCAGGUGUGCAGAACUACGCAACUGGUGUCCAAUAUCCACACCACCACCACCACCACCUGUUCCAGUAUUCGGCCUUGAAUUCAACUGGUGUUGGAGGAGGCUACCAGCACUAUGGUCCUCCCAUUUCUCUUGCGCCCUCACCCGCCUUGCAAUCGCCAGGCGUAACCAUGGCCCUCCCUGCACCAAUUCCUCAUCGCUAGUCAUUGAAUCCAAAGUGCGUGCAUGGCUCCAAUUAUUCAAACUCGAUUCCAUCCUCUUCAGCUGCAUAUGGCUUCUGAAUUUUCAGCAAACCUUUGGCCUAACCAUGGUUCACUUCUCCAUCUCUUCCUCUCUCUCGCCAUCUAACACACAAAUUAGCCCCAUUUGCAAAUGGCAUUUGGGCUAGUUAAGCUUUUGCACACAUACAAAGCCUCCCAUAGGGGCUACAUGAAAUCAUUCUCCACAAUUGGCUGGGGUGCAUCUCAUACUCAUGCAUUUUCAUUUUCCCUUGCAUCUUUUUGAAAACACUUUGGGUUCCCUUGAAGAGAACUAAAGCAUCUUUCUACUGAUCACCAACUCGGGCUAUUGGGUAUAGCUAAGUUGGGAAAAAAGUUUUUCUUUUCCUUUUUUUUUUAUAAAUUUUAUAACUUCUUAGCCCUGGAGGGGCUGAAGCAACAAAAGAAAAAACCAACCUCAUGUAACUUUUGGCCCAGGAAGGCUAAAGAAAGACAUAAAAUGGUUUGCAAAUAUUGUAAAUUCAACACAAAUAGCAAGCCCUUCACUUGGGAUGUCAGUCCUAAAAUGGCUAAUCCCUCCAUCUUCAGCUAACCAAUCGCCUCAAGAAAAAGAGGCGCAGUUUUAGGAAGGAAAAAAAACAUGGGCAUGGAAUGCCCCAAUUGUUUUGGCUGUUAACAUCUAGUCUUAGGAUUUUAGAACUAGCUAGGAGCAGUCAGUCUUUAUAAAGCUUUUCCAAGUUUUUUUUUGUCAAGUUUGUGUCUAACCAACCAACCAACCCACCAUCUUCCCUUAGGGUAAGGGGAGGAGGGGAGCAAAUCACUAACUCUUUUUUCUUUCUUGUAAAUUCAUUGUGGCUAAACUAUGGGAGUUUUAGCCAUUUCACUAAUUUUAGGAGGGAUAGAAUUUGUGUCUUUUUCUUUUUCUUUUGGCAUUUUAGCUUUUAGCUAGCUAGCUAGUACAUUAAUAUCAUCAUACUUUUGAGCACUCCAUUGAUGGAUGUGGAGCUCAAAAGGCAUCUGCAUGUAACCCUCGGGAGAUAUUUUGGUUCCCUUGGGUUCGUCUCCACUAACGCACCAACCAUGGUUAGGACUUAGGUCAACCUCAUCUUUCGUCUUCUCAUCUCUCUCUCUCUCUCUCUCUCUCUCUCUCUCUCUCCCGAUCAUCUUCUACUUGGAAAUGGACCUUGAUACUCUUUUAAUUAUAUGUAUAAGUCUAUGGUUUGGAUUGUAAUUAGGGAUCCUAUUAAGGACAGUUAAGAUUCAUUCUCUCUCCAUCGAUGCUGGUUGAGAAUGGAUAUGCUACUUACUGCUAUGCUUUUAAUUUGAGACUGUUAUGGUUACACCUUCUGAUGCUGUUAAUUCGAGACUGUUAUUUCCUCUUAA